AUGAUACAAGCCAACAAGGCAGCGGUUCUUACGGACUUCAACCUGGGCAGCGUCUCCUUGCAGUUCAUGGAGAUCGAGUACUUCCUGCUUGUCUUUAGUAGGAUCACCAAAAUUGCUUCUCUACUGGCAGGCUUCGCCUCUGCCGCACUCAUGCAGGCCGCCGGUGUAACCCCCGAAUACAAGCGGCUACACCUCCUCCAUGUCUUAGCCACAGGGGGAGCCUUAGGAAUUAUGCUGCUCGUGCUUCUAAUCUCCACUUUCUGCAGCAUGUGGGGCCCUGGCCUCGCCCUCAGAGGCUGUGGUGCAGCCAGCGUCUCUAGGGCCGUUCAGGUAAUGGACACUGCGCAACAAACCACUCUCAGACUAUUCAAUUGGGGCCUCCUCUGCUACGUUCUGUCGUCCGUUGUAUCCGCGUUGCUCUUCCAGCCGCCUCUUUGCUGCCUCGUCUUGGUCGUCCUCUUCUCGAUUUCCACGCUGCACAUCUACAUGAACCAGGAAGAGAUCAAGAAGGCGCUUCUCCCACGGGCCCUCACCCGAGGGGUCAUCCGGGGGAACCCCCUGGCUAAAUCCUCUGCGGCUACGGCAGCGUCUCGAGGUUGUUCCUCGAUUGCCUUUUGGAGGCGCACGCGUCUGUAA